AUGAAAUUGCAAUUCAAACUUUUUUUCAUUGUAUUUUUCCCUCUUGUCCAACGAAGCCUAUCCAUGAUGAAAGCCUUCAAAGACGACCAUUCUAAAUGUGGAUGUCCAGCAGUUUGGCAGCGUCAGCCUCGACAGUACGACGGCGGCGGGCGACAGACCGGUCGCAUAUUCAACGGCAAACCGACGAGGAGAGGCGCCUGGCCGUGGCAGGUAUCGCUGCAGCUGCUUCACCCGAAACUUGGCUUCGUCGGACACUGGUGCGGUGGUGUAUUGGUGCACGAAAAUUGGGUUCUCACGGCGGCCCACUGCAUUCACAACGAGCUUUUUAAUCUUCCAAUUGGAGCUCUAUGGACUGCGGUAUUGGGCGAGUGGGAAUUAGACAGCGGAGGUCGAGGAACAGCAAGAUUACCUAUCGAGCGUAUUGUAAUACAUGAACAUUUUGAAAAUUAUGUCAACGACAUCGCACUGAUGAAAUUGGCGCGCAGAGCACCCCUGUCCAAAGUCGUCCGCACCAUAUGCCUGCCGGAGGCCGAGGAGGAGCCGAUGACGGGCCAGCGAUGCGUCACCUCGGGCUGGGGUCGCUCGGGUCCGUCGCCCGCCCUGUCGAGCGCACUGCUCGAGGCGCAGGUGCCCCUGCUGGACUUGGCCGACUGCCGCAGAGCUUACGGCAAAUCAGUGCCGAUUGGCGACGGACACUUGUGCGCGGGUAACACCGACGGCUCGUCGGGAAGCUGCGUAGGUGACUCAGGAGGACCGCUUCAAUGCCGUAAGCCCGAUGGAUCGUGGCAACUCGUCGGCGUGACUUCCUUCGGCUCUGGCUGCGCUAGACCAGGUUUUCCCGAUGUUUACACGAAAAUAUCCCACUACACCGACUGGAUACGAGACACCAUUGCCAACGAUUUGGAUAGUUAG